AGGCGCAUCUGUCCUCCCUCCUGGUGAUGUCAGAUCAAGCCAGUAGUUUGUCCUCACUCGCCGCCUGAGCUGGGACUGCUGAAGAUAUCAGCGAGCAGGUGAAGGAGCUGUCAAAGUUUGAGUUCCCCACAGAAGGAAAAGUCUUUUUUACUCAACGAGGAGAGAGAGAGGGGAAAGGCGACGUUUUUAAGUUUUGGGAAAGCGGAAUAUCUCGGCUUGUUGGCAUGGAAUGACACCUCACCGGGAGCUUAAAAAUAACACGAUGGCAGCCCGUUUUCUCAAGUGGAUCAGUCUCAUCUCUCUGCUGUGCCUGAGCUUCUGCGGUCUGGCGGAAAAUAAAGUGUGCCAAUGUGUAACCAAUCGUUUAAACCGUAUGGGAACUAAAGAGGACCACUACAGGAACAUGGUGAAGACCUACAGCAACUGCACCAUAGUCUUGGAGAACCUGGAGAUCACAUACAUGGAGGAUCACCAUGACCUGUCCUUCCUCCGGUCUAUCAAAGAAGUUGGUGGUUACGUUCUGAUCGCCCUCAAUACAGUAUCCAGGAUUCCUCUGGAGAACCUGCGCAUCAUUCGAGGCCAUUCUCUCUAUGAUGGACGUUUUGCUCUUUUUGUGAUUUCCAAUUAUAAUAAAUCUACAAAUAAGGGCACCGAUCAGAUUCUUCUGACCAGCCUGACAGAAAUUCUUAAAGGAGGAGUAAAAUUUUUGAACAACCAGCUGUGCAAUGUGGAAACAAUCCAAUGGUCCGAUAUUGUUAAUGUUGGCACCAUCAGCAUUGAUCCAACUCCUAGCAAAAACAAAAAUUGUGGAAAAUGUGACUCAAGCUGCUUCAAUGGCUCAUGUUGGGCACCUGGUCCUCAAAACUGUCAGACUUUGACAAAGCUGAACUGUGCCCAGCAGUGCUCUAGAAGGUGCAAAGGACCUUCACCGAGCGACUGUUGCAAUGAGCAUUGUGCCGCGGGGUGCACGGGACCCAGAGCUGAAGACUGUCUGGCCUGUCGGGACUUCCAGGAUAAUGGGGUGUGUAAGGACUCCUGCCCAAGCCUUCUGCGUUACGACCCCAACCUGUUCCAGCUGGUUCCUAAUCCGCAUGGAAAGUACAGCUUCGGAGCCACCUGUGUCAAAAGCUGCCCACGUAAUUAUAUUAUUUCUGAUUACGGAGCAUGUUUGCGGACGUGCAGCGGUAACACGUAUGAGGUGGAUGUAGGAGGACUCAGGAAGUGCGCCAAGUGUGAUGGGCUGUGUCCAAAAGUGUGUAAUGGACUUGGAACAGGAGAAUUGGCUCACGUUCUGUCUAUCAAUGCCACAAACAUCGGCUCCUUUGAAAACUGCACCAUAAUCAAUGGUAACAUCGACAUCAUCAUCACAUCGAUUUAUGGGGAUCAAUUCACCAAAACACCAAAGAUGGAUCCUGAGCAGCUUAAUGUGUUCAAGACGGUUAAAGAAAUUACUGGGUACCUGUGGAUUCAAACGUGGCCAGAUACCAUGAGCUCACUGAGUCCUUUUGAGAAUCUGGAGGUCGUUCGGGGGAGAACUAAACGCUCUGAGGAACGACACUUGCGACAGGAAGUGCACGGCGGACGGCUGCUGGGGUCCGGGCCCCAGUAUGUGCAUUUCGUGACACGACUACAAGCGCGACGGGAGCUGCGUCGACUCCUGCAACAUCCUGGAGGGAGAGCUGCGCGAGACAGCUAUGAAUAAAACCUGCAUCAAGUGCCACCCCGAGUGUCAGCCCAUGAACGGGACCGCAACCUGCAGUGCACCUGGGUCUGCUAACUGCACUAAAUAUGCCAACUUUAAAGAUGGACUGUUCUGCGUGUCCCGAGCUUGAAGCGUCCACUGAGGCGUUCUUGGUCCUCUGAUUAAAAUCAGACACCCCAAGAGACAUGUUUUUAUUCAACACUGUAGGAUUUUUGAGUGGUUUUUGGUGUUUUUCCAUUUAAAACAAACCGAUUAUGCCUGACUUAAUUUGUCCUUUUUUUAAAUGCUGUUUGGACCUAGAAGGCUUACGGUCAUGUGAGGAGGGAAAUGCCUUGCUGGUAAAAACUAAGAACACCUUGUGAUUCUGUAGCUUGUCGAGGCACCUUCAGCAGCAAUAACUUGAAGUAAUCGUUUUCUGUGUGACUUAUCAGUCUCUCAUAUUUCUUAUUUCUUUACAACGUUGCUUCAGUUCAUUGAGGUCAUUGAGGUCCUAGUGUGGUGACCCACUAGAGGGCUCCACUCACACCCAAACUUGGAGGAGGGGUUCUGUUGUGUUUGGGUGCGAAAUGCUCACUUAAUGUAUGGAAGUGAAUAAAUAAAUAAACAAAUUUGUAGUGGAAA